AUGCCUUCACAAACGCUCACCCGUGCCGAGGUGGCCAAGCACAACACCGAGGACUCCCUCUGGUGCAUCAUCGACCACAACGUUUAUGACCUCACCGAUUUCAUCGAUGCCCACCCCGGCGGCGGUGUCGUGCUCGCCCAGGUCGCCGGCCAGGAUGCCACAACCGACUUCUACAACCUACAUCGCCAGGAGGUGCUCGAGAAGUACCGUGAUCAGUUGUGUAUCGGCACCAUCGAGGGCGAGAAACCCGAGGUUAUCCAGCCCGUGCCCGGCGCCUUGAGCCCUGUCCCAUACGCGGAGCCGCUUUGGUUGCGCCCGCAGUUUAAGAGUCCCUACUACAAGGAAAGCCAUCGCCGUCUACAAAAGGCUAUUCGCGAGUUUACCGAUCGCUAUGUUACACCUGAGGCGCAGGCGAAAGAGGCCGACGGCACUUACAUCAGUCAGGAGCUGAUUGACCGUAUGGCGGAGACGAAUGUUCUGGCUAUGCGCCUCGGUCCCGGAAAGCAUCUGCAUGGCCGCCAGUUGUUGGGUGGGGCUGUGGAUGGGAAGGAAUUCGAUUAUCUGCACGACAUGAUUGUUACGCAGGAGUUGGUUCGUGCCAAUGCGCGAGGCUUCCAGGACGGUAACAUGGCUGGCAUGGCCAUCAGUCUUACUGCCGUGCAGCAGUGGCUGAACGACCCCGCCCUCAAAGAGCGGGUCACCGGCGAAGUUUUGUCUGGACAGAAGAAGAUGUGUCUUGCCAUCACCGAAGCCUUCGCUGGCAGUGAUGUCGCUGGCUUGAAGACUACCGCCGAGAAGACCCCUGAUGGUAAAUACUACAUUAUCAACGGCACCAAGAAAUGGAUUACCAACGGCAUGUUCGCCGACUAUUUCGUGACGGGCUGCAAGACUGAAAAGGGCUUCUCCGUCCUUUUGAUCCCGCGCGGCGAGGGUGUUGAGACCAAGCAGAUCAAGACCUCAUAUUCGACUGCCGCCGCAACUGCAUUUGUGCAAUUUGAGAAUGUCAAGGUGCCUGUCCAGAACCUGUUGGGCCAGGAGCACAAGGGUUUCAUCGUCAUUAUGAGCAAUUUCAACCACGAGCGCUUCAUGAUGGUUGCUGCCGUGGUCCGCAUGUCGAUGACCAUCGUGGAAGAAUGCUUGAAGUGGUGCAACCAGCGUAUCGUCUUUGGCAAGAACCUGGUCUCUCAGCCGGCCAUUCGUCAGAAACUCGCUCGCAUGAUCUCUCUCACUGAAUCUAACCAAGCCUGGCUCGAGUCCAUCGCCUACCAAAUGUGCAACAUGAGCUACGCCGAGCAAUCUGCUCACUUGGGUGGCCCUAUCGGCCUGCUCAAGUCGCACGCUACUAAGUCCGCGGGCGAGAUUGCUGAUCACGCCACCAACAUCUUCGGCGGCCGUGGUAUCACUCAGUCCGGCAUGGGCAAGAUCGUGGAGAUGUUCCAUCGCACGUACAAGUUUGAUGCCAUCCUGGGCGGGACCGAGGAGAUUCUAGCGGACCUGGGCGUGCGGCAGGCGAUGAAGAAGUUCCCCAAGGCUAUGCUGUAG